AUGCAGGGAGACCGGGUGCUGCCAUUGUUCUUGUUGGGUCUCAGGAUACAACUCUCCUUUGGUGUCAUCCCAGUGGAGGAGGAGAAGCCAGCCUUCUGGAACCAAAAGGCAGCCGAGGCCCUGGAUGCUGCCAAGAAGCUGCAGCCCAUUCAGACGUCAGCCAAGAACCUCAUCAUCUUCCUGGGGGACGGGAUGGGGGUGCCCACAGUGACAGCCACCAGGAUCCUAAAGGGACAGUUGGAAGGUCAUCUAGGACCUGAGACACCCCUAGCCAUGGACCGCUUCCCAUACAUGGCUCUGUCCAAGACAUACAACGUGGACAGACAGGUCCCAGACAGUGCAGGCACAGCCACCGCCUAUCUCUGUGGGGUCAAGGCCAACUACAAGACCAUCGGCUUGAGCGCAGCUGCCCGAUUCAACCAGUGCAACACCACAUUUGGCAAUGAGGUCAUCUCAGUGAUGUAUCGUGCCAAACAAGCAGGAAAGUCUGUGGGAGUGGUGACCACCACCAGGGUGCAGCACGCCUCUCCAGCUGGCACCUACGCGCACACGGUGAACCGUGACUGGUACUCGGAUGCAGAAAUGCCUCCUUCUGCAGUGCAGGAGGGCUGCAAGGACAUUGCCACGCAACUCGUUUCCAACAUGGACAUUGAUGUGAUUCUCGGUGGAGGUCGCAAGUUCAUGUUUCCCAAGGGGACACCAGACCCUGAGUACUCAAAUGACACUGCCCAAUAUGGAACCAGGCUGGAUGGACAGAACCUCGUACAGGCGUGGCUGGCAAAGCACCAGGGGGCCCGGUAUGUUUGGAACCGCACGGAGCUCAUUCAGGUGUCCCAGGACCCCACAGUGACUCACCUCAUGGGCCUCUUUGAACCAGCAGAAAUGAAAUAUGACGUCUACCGAGACACUACCCAGGACCCCUCCCUGGCAGAGAUGACAGAGGUGGCCGUGCGCAUGCUGAGCAGGAACCCCCGAGGCUUCUACCUCUUUGUGGAAGGGGGUCGUAUUGACCAAGGCCAUCAUGCGGGCACGGCCUACCUGGCACUAACUGAGGCCGUCAUGUUCGACUCGGCCAUUGACAAAGCGGACCAGCUCACCAGUGAGCAGGACACCAUGAUCCUUGUCACUGCUGACCACUCCCACGUCUUCUCCUUUGGUGGCUACACACUUCGGGGGACCUCCAUCUUCGGUCUGGCUCCACUCAACGCUCUAGACGGCAAAUCCUACACCUCCAUUCUCUACGGCAACGGCCCAGGCUACGCUCUUGAUUCAGGAGUCCGGCCCAAUGUCAACAGUACUGAGAGCGGUGAGCCCUCGUACCGGCAGCAGGCGGCUGUACCGCUGUCCUCAGAGACCCACGGCGGGGAGGACGUGGCGAUAUUCGCGCGUGGCCCGCAGGCACACCUGGUGCACGGAGUGCAGGAGCAGAACUACAUCGCGCACGUCAUGGCCUUUGCAGGCUGCCUGGAGCCCUACACCGACUGCGGCCUGGCGCCCCCUGCCGGCCAGAGCCCCACCACCACCCCGGGCCGGACCAUCACCACCCUGGGCCAGAGAGAGACUGAAGUUAGAAAUAGCGCAGUCGGCCAGGCCACUGUCUUGCUGUCUCUGAAACUGCUGGUCAGCACACUGCUAUUAGUAGGGACCGUCAUGGUGACAUCCUGAUGGUCCAGUCCCCCGCUGGGCUCCUCCCCAGGGUCCCACCGCUGGUUCCUUUCACACACACGCCCCCACUAUGGUUUCCUUUGCCCUGUCUAUCCCAUGUUCACCAUGCUCCACCCUAGGUCUCUGCGGGGUUUUGCGCCCCAGUUUGGUAGUUCUCGUAUCAGAUGUUGAGACACCAGUUUAGCCCACAGCUUUAGCGGCCACCUCUGAGAGGACACUCUGAGCUUUAUAACCUGGCCCAGGGCUUCUGCUUCUCUCCUGGCUGUCUCUGGAGUGGGAGAUACCGAAUGGUACUCAAGAGGCUGAGGCCCAGGGUUGCCCUAGACUCCCCUUCACACCAUCACCCUUUAUGGGGACCCAGGUAACUUAGCUUUUCAGGCCUUGGCUUGCUCCCAUGCUCUUUCCAUGAAAGGAAGCCAAGCAGAGAUCCAGGAGGCUGUGGGGUCUCUGCAAGCAGCCCAAAGCAGCCUUUGGCCUCCACCCCUGUCCAUCUCAGGCUGCACAUAGAAA